CCCUCUGUUAUUGUAACUCUUUAGCCAGUUGUAUAUUGUUAGCUUGGCUGUAGUGGUGCAUGCAUGCAUUGCAGAGAGCCUAAAUUCCUUCUGAGAUGAACAGGCCUUUUCUGCUGGUCUUGUGUCUAGUGACACUGUCUAAUGUAGAGCUGGGACAGUCUCAAUCUGAUGUUGAUAGGAUAGCAGCAGCUGUGUUCAAAACUCUGAGCCCGAUCUUGAAUGAGGUGAAAGAAGACAUUAGCUGUGUGAAGAGUGAAAUAGCCAAUCUCAGUGAGACAGUCAGUCAUCUAGUUGAGCAACUGGAACACCACAAGAAUGAAACUGCAUCUGAAUUUGCUUCAGUAAACUCUGAAUUAGCUGAUCUG